CCACCAUUUAUCAAUCUCUGCGGCUCUAUGCCACGUUCCUGACAUCUCCCGUGACAUCACCGAGAAACAAGCUUGGGCCACGCCGGUUAAUUCCGUUCCGAACCGAUUAUAUACUACGCCGGCACGCAAUCCUCUCACAUCUUUUCCUUUCCAAUUGCCUCAUUUCUGUGGUUUCUUACUCCGACUACCCGUGGUUUGAAUUUACAUACACAUCCCCGGAAAAUCUAUCACAAUGGCAUUCCCUGCUUUCCGCACUUUCAUGACCUCGCAGUCUGCCCGCAUGCUGGGCACGACUGCUCGGAGAGCCGGACAACAGGCUGGUCGUCGCACUUAUUCUACCGCGAAGCCUGCUGAGGGCAAGGGGUCGGAUAUUCCAUGGCUCCUAGGCUCCAUCGGCCUGACCGCCCCAGCUUCGUUCUGGUUGUGGCAGUCCGGUCGCCCCGAGAAGCACGACGACCACGGCCACGGCGAUCACGCUGAGCACGCACAGGAGGAAAGCCAGGAACAGGCCGAGGCUGGCCCCGCUGGUGAAGCUGCUCCUCAGCCCGACCCCGAGGCGGAGAAGCCGGAGCCCAAGGAAGAGAAGAAGGAAGAAUCCACGGAAGAGAAGAAGCCCGAGGAGUCCCAGCCCAAGGAACAGGAGUCUGAGUCCAAGGAUGAGCAGUCCAAAGAUGAGCAGCCCAAGGAAGAGGCCAAGAGUGACGAGACUCCUAAGGCUGAGUCUGAGGCCGAGAAGCCAAAGGAGGAGGCUCCCAAGUCCGAAGGCGAGAAGCAGCCCGAAUCCGGGAAAGAGCCUGAAAAGACCUCCGACGAGAAGCAGUAGUGCGGGCGCUCGACCUCCUCACGCCUCCAGUGACUGCGGCCACCCGCUUGACACUAAUCACAUAUGCUCUGGAUAUAGAUGUGCCGGGUAUUUCAUGUGAUAUGAGUUCUGAAAAUAAUCGUGUAAUAUAGACGGUGCAUUGAAUGCAAAAAAGUAUGAACAAGCAAUUCCGAAACCU